AUGGCCUCCAUCACCAGCUCCGGCCUCCUGCACCCAUCUUCAGCCCCGAGCAAAGAAGAAGACCGCCGCGGCCGUGUGAUCUUUGAUCCCUUUCUCCUCCAGAAAGAAACCAACGUGCCCAAAGAAUUCCUCUGGCCGCAGUCCGAGAGGCCUGAUUGUUUGGAAGAAGUCCAGGCCCCAGUGGUAGACCUCAAAGGAUUUCUCCAAGGAGAUGAGUCGUCCACCCGUCGUGCUGCUGAGAUCAUCCGACAAGCCUGCCUCGCCCAUGGCUUCUUCCAGGUAAUCAACCACGGCAUCGACCCGUCUCUCUGUCGUGACGCGAUGAGAAAUGCGGACGAACUUUUCAAACUCCCCCUGGAGACCAAGCUCAAGAUCCAGCGACAGCGUGGGAGCUUUUGGGGCUACACCGGAGCCCAUGCCGAUCGCUUUUCCUCCAAGCUGCCCUGGAAGGAGACGCUCUCCUUCGGCUAUGAUAACGUUGGAUCUAAGAAUGGCGUCGUCAGCUACUUCGUGUCCAGCCUUGGGAAGGAUUUUGAGCCAACGGGAUGGGUCUACGAGAGAUAUUUUGGAGCUAUGAAAGAGUUGUCUCUGAGGAUCAUAGAUCUUUUGGCGAUCAGUUUGGGGGUGGAUCGAGAGUAUUUCCGAGAAUACUUCGAGGACGGGGAGUCGGUGUCGAGAUGCAACUACUAUCCGUCGUGCCAAGUGCCGGAGGUGGUGCUUGGGACGGGGCCGCAUAACGAUCCGAACGGGCUCACGCUGCUGCUUCAAGACCAAGUGGGAGGGUUGGAGGUGUUCACGGAUGGCAAAUGGCAAGCAUUAAACCCGCAGCCGGACGCGCUGGUGAUCAACAUUGGUGACACAUUCAUGGUAUGCAUUCUAUUUUAUUUCACAAAGAAAAGAGGAACUUUAAAUAUUGGAUGA